UUUGUGAUUACUUAUCAAAAAAUGACAAGUGGAUAUCCGGAAGUGUGGUAUUGUGUUUUGUGACGGGAGGAACUCUGGAUAGUGACCGGAUUAGUGAUAUCGUUAAAACAGUUGAAGAUGCCGGUGGCUUGGGAGUUAUCGUUUCGCUGCCGCAAGUGUCCGCCGUAGACUUUCACGACAGUGACUUUCCUUGUGUAUAUGUAGAUUUCCUCGUCGGAUCUCAGAUAGUUCAGUACCUCGGUUCCACAAGCAAUCCACGAGUGCGACUUUGCUCGACAAAAACUCAAAUUGGUCAACCCAUCUCAAGUGUUGUAUCGUUCUACUCAUCUCGCGGCCCUUAUACUUUAGCGCCGGACAUCCUUAAGCCUGAUAUAGCAGCUCCCGGAACAAACAUACUAGCAGCAUAUAUUUCUCCAAGUCCCACCAUAAGUGCAUACCAUUUUCUCAGCGGGACAUCAAUGGCUACUCCACAUGUGGCUGCAAUAGUUGCCCUUCUCAAAGAAGCUCACCCGGAUUGGUCUCCAACUGCCAUCAAAUCCGCCAUUGUUACUACAGGAUGGACAACUGACCCUUUUUCUGGAGAACCAAUAUUCAGUGAAGGAGUUACAGAUACUAAAUUAGCAGAUCCAUUUGACUAUGGGGGAGGACUUAUAAAUCCCAAUGCAGCUAAAAACCCUGGCCUUGUCUAUGACAUGGGAACAACUGAU